GAACAAUCAGCUUGCUCUAGCACUUCCUCACUGUGUCCUUGCUUAUGUUCCUUUUUUUUCUUGAUUUACUGUGGUGGCGGUGGUGCUGGUGGUGGCGGUCUCUUUGCUACAUUGCCAUAGUUACAGGUCAAAUUUCAUUGUGGAUUUUGAUGAGAAAUGAUGCAUAUGAUCUUGAGUUAUAAUGCGACUCCUGUUUCUCUCUUAUGUCUUUUUAUGUGUCCGUUGUUGUGCUUCAGCGUCAAUAUGUGGGGAAAAACUAGCUUUCUGUCAUGUGUGCUGGGAGGCAUUCUUUCUAAAUAGCAAUGUGGAUCAAGGCUUCAGCAUCUUCUGUCUUUCUGGCUUCCUGCAAAGUACCAUUCUGCUGUUUAUUUGUAUAUAAGAAAAUGAGAAAGUGCUUUUGUUUAUUUGUUUGUUUUCACUGCUUUCAGUAAAUAUUCACUCCUGCACAAGUUUGUAUGAUACAAAAGUGACACAAUUCUUUCCAGUUUGUAAGUUUGGUGUGCAUACAGCUCUUGAACUCUACACGUGUCAGUCACAUGGCUGGGUAAGUAGCAGAUUUGGACUCCUGACUGCUCAUUCUCAGGCAGGCCCUUUCUUGUGUUUCUGGAAUGUCUGACUCCUCAGGCUGUUGAUUCUCAUUCAGUUUCAAGCUCAUUGCUGACAUUGUGUCUUAUAUCAUUAUCUUAGUCACCUUUUCCCCCCCACCCUUGUUUAGCAACCCUAACUUCUGCACAGUUGCCAGAGAAUUUUCAGGACAGGUUUUGCUUCUAGUCUGUCUCCUAACCUUUUUUUUUAGUUUAAGCUCAACAUUGUGCAACCUGAUAGUGUCACGUUCCUCUGCAGCUUGAGUGGCAACAUUUGUGUUUCCUCAUUUCUGAUGCUGGAAAUUGGACAGUAAGCUUAUUGUUGUUGUCCGUUCAUCCCUCCCAUUGGGUGCUGGCUUCAGUUCAGAGUACUAAACUGUAGGGAAUCUAUACCUUGUUCCUUCCCAUGGCUGAUUAAUUUGCAGCCACUUAACUAUUGUUUGUACCCCAGUAGGUUAACACUGUUUAGCAAGCUGUCUUGCACAUUGUUUGCCAGUGGUGGCUCUGAGACCCCAUUAUCGCCUGUAGAUCGUUGGCUUAAUUAGACCCAGCACCAUGGGGCCUCGUAAUGUAAAAAGACUCUUGCAUAAGGAUGCACGUAUAGCUACUGUUAAACUUGAGUGAAACGGAAAAGGGUACAACGGUGCUUGUCAGCUGAUUUUUAUAAUAAUCUUUGCACAUUUUAUUUUUUUUUUUAGUUGUAAUCAGAAAUAUGCUUUUUUAGCAGACAUUGUCUUAAACCUGAUGUCAGAGUGGACUGUCAGGUAUGCCCUAGUCUCAUCUGCAGUAGGUGGAUAGAUAGGUAGAGCCGUGCAUAUCUGUGUCGCCUGCCUGCAUGCGGGUGUCCUGUGGCCUUUAAAUAUUUAUGCAUCUAUCACAUGAUGCAAUGGUCAAAGAAUUCUUUAUUGUGCGUGCUAACUUGGAAUAACUUUAAAAUGCUUGCCCUAUGCACUGAAUAUGUAGUUUUCACGAUGUCAGUUAUGAAUUACAGCCAAAAAGAAAAAUUACUAUUACUUCCACCAUCUGCACACAUACAAACUAGCUUGUUGAUAUCAAGCAUCCCUUUGAGACACCUAAAUGAAUCCUAUGUAAAGCUGUAGUAGCUUAAUGCUAAAGUCAAACCUAGCAUAUUUUUUCCCAAAUUUAGUAUCUUCAGAAUAUUUUGGAGAUGUUCUGCCAUUCUUUAGAGGCGGUUUCUUUUAGCUGGUCAUUAUUGAAAAGGGUUUAUUUCAGACAGGCGUCAUACCUGGCCACCUCCCCCAACAGUGUUUGUUGGAUCAUCACACUGAAAUAUGUGUCUUCUGCUAAGCUUAUAAAACUGGGAUUUGUCAGAGGAUUCUGGUACAUCCGCUGGUAUAGUGCCACUUUAUACUCUCUUGUCCCAUAACAUCACACUUUCUUCUUUCUAUUUCAGUAUGUUAAUGCUGGCCAAGUUCAUAACAAACAUGCAGGAUCCCAUCUGGACAAAAUAUGUAUGCAAGGCUUUCUUUUUAUAAUCUUAGUCACCAAGUUUUAGGUUGAAAAGGAAAGGAGCUUUUCUUUUUUACUGAAUGCUGUCCAUACAGGUGGGUGUUAUUGAGCCCCUUUUGUGGUCUGAGCCAUCACAGGGACCUGAGCUGAGCCAUGGAUUUGCACCCAAACAAGGACAGAUUAGAAGUUAAGAGAUUUCUGGUGUUUACAGGUCAUUUAUAGCCAUCUUCAUGCAAGUGGGUUAAUGUAACCUCGUGGAUGCACCCGAUUUUAUUGGUGUUCACAGGUGUGUCAGGAUCACACCCGCAUGCACUUUUGGUGCAUCAAAUUUAUGCUUUUGACCUUGUAUUUUGUUACGUUGUUUAAUAUGAAGCCUUUCUGAAGUGUUUGUUUUUGAUCGUAAAAGGGAAAUACACAAAGGUGACUGUGAAUCAUUUGACAUUUAAGGGAUAUUUCACUCUGUCUACUUACCUCUGUUCUUCAAAGCGUGUAUUUCAAUGGGUCUUUUCUAAAAUUGCCCACAUUUUCAUUUAAAACUCGAACCGUCUGCUCAUACUGUUCCAUUUCUAAAGCAGCAUAUCCCAAUAUAAGUCAGCUUUUUGUGUUUAGCCAUUGUUUUAUUUAUACAUAACCAUUACAUCAAGUCCUUGUACCUACAGACACAAAUACUAAAUGACAGAAGUAAAUGCGCUCCCCGUAAUAUAUUUAUAACGUAAAUCUAUUAACAAACUCACUGUUUUACUUUCAUAGUAAAACCACUUAACAGUGUACAAGACUGAGAGAUCCUGUUACCUGACGAUCUGGUGGUGGUUUGCAUUAUUUAGAUUGUGGUCAAGGUAUUGAAGUGCAUGAUCUCAGUAAGAAAUUUAGAUUUACUGUUUACUGUUUUUUUUUUCUUCUUUUUCUACAGCUUUACAUAAACACACCCUGGUAAAAUAGCUUCCUGAAUGUCAUUCUGAUUAGGUCACUGUCCCAGUUUCCAAGUCCACAGUGAUUAGUUCAUAAAACUAUGCAGGCACUAACACAGCUCUUUCUUCAUCUUACAGCUACAGACUGACACUUAUAAAUGCAGAGAAAGACCAGAAGAGUGAACAGGUGACUGCAAUGACUGAAGAGUCCCACAGAAGCUCAGCUGCUGAGAUCCCGGUCACCAGCAAUGGAGACCUGGAUCAGAACCCUGAGACAGUAUUCCAGAGGCAGGACUCCAAGCCCACUACCCCCGGUUCCCUACACCUUUCAGAGUCUUGUGUCAUCUCCAGCAACUUUGCUUCAACAGCAGAGGGCAUCAUUGAAUCAGGACCAUACAAAGGGUCAGCAAGCCUGCCCACAUCUCCUGUGACACCUGUAGCUCCAAGCUCAGCUGUUGCUAGCCGCCUGGCUCGCUCCUCCAGUGAAAGUCAGACUGACAAAGGCACAAUGAACGAUCAGCCAAAGAGUGGAGCAGUGGUCCUAUCAGAUGACUUAAAGAACCCAGCCAUGGAAAAACUGGACCUAGUGAGAAAGUGGAGCAUCAGCACAUAUAAAUGUACCAGACAGAUCCUGUCUGAGAAGCUGGGUCGGGGCUCAAGGACCGUGGACCUGGAGCUGGAGUCGCAAAUCGAAUUGCUCCGUGACAACAAGAGAAAGUACCAGAGUGUGAUCAAGCUGGCCCAAACGCUGGCCAAUCAGCUGUCCCAAAUAAUGCAGACACAGAGGCAGCUAGGAGAUGCAUUUGCCGACCUCAGCCUCAAGUCACCAGAACUCCAUGAGGAGUUUGGCUAUAAUGCUGACACUCAAAAGCUUUUAUCCAAAAAUGGAGAGACACUGCUGGCUGCCAUCAACUUCUUCAUCUCUAGUGUAAACACUCUUGUGGACAAAACAAUUGAAGAUACCAUGAUUAACAUCAAACAGUAUGAAGUUGCCAGGGUUGAGUUUGAUGCGUAUCGAACUGAUUUGGAGGAGCUGAAUCUGGGGCCACGUGAUGGCAGCACAAUGCCAAAAAUUGAGCAAUGCCAGGAGCAAUUCCAGAUCCACCGUGAGAAGUAUGAGCGGAUGAGGAACGAUGUGUCGGUGAAGCUGAAGUUCCUGGAAGAGAACAAGGUGAAGGUGUUGCACAAUCAGCUCAUCCUGUUCCACAAUGCCAUCGCUGCUUACUAUGCUGGGAACCAGCAGCAGCUGGAACAGACGCUCAAGCAGUUCCACAUCAAAUUGAAAAUGCCAGGUGGGGACAGUCCAUCUUGGCUGGAAGAGCAUUAAACACUCCUUUCUUUUUUUUUUUGAGACAUUGUCAGCUCAGUUUGACAUGAAAUGUCAGAUGCUACAGAAACUACAGGAACCUCCUUCCUCCUUUAACUGUACUGUCAAUCCUUUUCAGACUUCAAAAACUAUAAAUCUAUUAACAAUAUUUGCAGAAAAAAAAUUCCUUUUUGAUGUUUUCUCUUAAUUCCUUUCAAAUAAUAAGAAAUGCACUUUUCUACUGUUUGACAGAUCUUUGGAAAGAAACGUGCUGCAGUAAACUCCUUUUGACACUCUAAAUAGCCUUUUGUAUUUCAGCAUUUGAAUGUUGUAUCUCAGCACAGGAGACCUGUUGGCUUUGUAAUGGCAGCUAUAAAAUCAGAAAUACUGCCAUGUUGCUCACAAUCUUUACAAUACUCUUCUCAGCUGAUGAAGACAGGGAUGAAUGCUUUAAAUCUAAUCAGUUGUUUGUUUGUUUUUUUUUACCUUUUUUUUCAUGAAUUAAUUUAACACCCAUUUUGAUAAAUGGGACUAAAUUUAUUUCAGAAUUAAAUUAAAUUCAGAAUAAUACAAAUUGGUGACUUUCAAUAGCACACUCUAACUUAUGUGGUAGUUUAUGUGAUAUUUUGGGGAGUACUCUUUCUUUGCUUUUACUUGGAUUUAAAUGAGAUAAUCUGUUCUGCUUUACUCAGUGUACAGCUACAACCAAGGGAAACGAUGGGGAAGUGGUAGCCAGGUUCUCUCCAACACCUGACAUAUUAAAAAUAAGUGGACUGAAUGAAUCUGCCUAUUCAUACCUCUUGAUCUCAGUUAUUCAAAAGCCAAAGUGUACAAAAUCAAGUUGUGGUUUUCAGAAAGUUAUGUGGUUUUGGGCAGAGCCAGACCUUCUUCCCUUUUGAGUUCUGACUUUAUGCUGAGCUGCUUUAAACUGACUUCUGAUUCCAACCUGUUGUAAACAGAUAUAUACAAAAGGGGUUGUACGUUCUCUGAGUCUAGCAAAGCCAAAAUAUUUCCCCCCAAAAUUAUUUAUUUAAAUUUCUUUUUUUUUUUUUUUUUUUUUUUUUUUUGCUUGUACACAUUCUGGCUGAAUAGGUAAAAAAGGGGUUGAUUCUCUUCAAAAUACCAGAACGAUGGACCAGCCUUAUGUCACUAAAUGUGCCUUGAAUUUGUUCUUCUCUUCCCCUCUCCACACUCUCAUGACCAAUUUUUCGGGGCCAACUCUCGAUUUAGAAGAGAAAGGACCAAACAAUCACAUACACUCUGAGGUAGUACAGAUCAAGCCUGUACAACUUUAUAUGUUGAAGCACACCACAAAAACAAAAAUAACUCCAUUAACUUAAAAACAAAAACUCAAUUUCGAGACAAGCUGUAUUCAAAGAUAUUUAUCCAUACUGCACUCAUGCACGUUUAUGCAUUUGAGACUACAGAAGCAUUGUAAGACCUGUGUAUGUAAGGUGUAAACCAAAAUACUAUUAACUUGUGAAAAUCUGGUUUGUAUAGACCAGCAUCCUCUCUUUGGCUGCUAACGGUUUACUUCAUUGGGCUGUAUAAAAGUGUAUUUUUCAAAGAGGAAUUCUGUGUCUGCUGGUCUAUCUAUCCAGCUGUCAUUUCCUCAUUUAGUGGAUUCAUUAUUUUCUCAUGGCUCUAUAUAGAAGUUUGAAAGUGUGAAUCUUGUACAACAUUAUAUUGUGUCCUUAAAAUAGAUGGAUACUCAUAUAUAUAUAUAUUUGUAAUCUAUAUAUUUUAAUGUUAGAUUGACCAGUGCUGCCAUUUGGCUUUGUUUUGCUGAAGACUUGCAGAUUAAUAUGCUAGUACUCCUAUGUACUAGUGGAUAUCUACCUUUUCUAAUAAUGAAACAUUAACAAAUGUUGAGUUAAAAGGAUUCAAAAUGUUGUGUAACCUAUUUGGGGAAAAUAAAACUAUCUCUUUCUGUAA